CUAAAAUAAGCAAGAAAUAUUUAUUUGUAUUUGUAUUUAUUAUAAAUUGAGUCAGAAGAGAGUGAUUAAAAAGAUCUCUCACUAAAUCUUAGAGAGAGAGAGAGAGCCAAAAUAUGAAGGGAGGGAAAAGAAGACCAUCUGUAGACCCACCACCACCUCCUCCUCCGCCACCACCGGCGGGAGACGGCGGAGAAAAUCACUCAGGUGGUGAUCCUCCGUCUUCUCAUCCUUCCAAUCCUCCUCUGAUUAAUGGGCCUCCAGGGGAAGACCUUUCUCAGCAUCUGCCACAGCCACAGAGGAGGAAGAAGAGGACCCCGACUGUGGAGAAGGAGAAAAUAGCUGAAGAAGGGACUCCGGCGACGGAGGAAGAGGUUGAAGGGGAUGAAAACGAUGAAAGAGAUGAAGAGGGGGAAGAAGGGAAUGGGCAUUCGGAGGAGCAGCAGAUGGAUGAGGGUGAGGAAGAAGAAGGGGAUGAUGACAGGCCUAAACUGGCGGAUGGCUAUUACGAGAUUGAGGCCGUUCGCCGGAAAAGAGUCCGAAAGGUACGAUUUUUAUCGGGUUUUUUUUUUUUGCUACUUUUGGGCACUGAUUUUUUUUCCCCUGAUUCUCUCAAUGCUGUCAGUUCGGUUUUUUUUUUUUUUAAUGUAUGUCUGGUGCUUCAUUUUGAUGCCUUUUCACUUUUUCUUGAAAUUUUUUAGCAGCUCUUGGUAUUUUAUGUGUCUAACUUUAUUCCCUUCUUCUGGUUUUGUGGCUUGGGACUUAUUUGGAUUGCUGGAAAUGAAAAAGGGUCAAGCUCAGUACCUCAUCAAAUGGCGUGGGUGGCCGGAGACGGCAAAUACAUGGGAGCCUUUGGAGAAUCUGUUACAAUGUUCAGACGUUAUCGAUGCAUUCGAGGAGAGCAUGAGGUCAGGCAAACGGUCGACACGCAAACGCAAGCGCAAUUCUGCCACCACACCAUCUCAAACAAAGAAAAAAAAGCAACAGCAACAGCAUUCCCCUGCCGCAGAUAGUUAUAGUGUGCCAGCUGUGAAGAUUCAAAUUGAAAGUAAUUCUUUACCUACUCCUGUUGAUGACCGUACCAUUAGUAAUGGGGAACCACAUGUUACUGCCGUGAACGAUACUGAAACGGCUAAUACUGAAAACGAGAAAGGUGUGGAGUUGGGUGCUAACAGAGCUGAAGAAACAGAAGUGGCAAAUGAGUUGUCACUUAAGAUUAGUGAACUGAAAGAAGCAAAGGUCACGAAUGGGGACUUUGUGGAUAAAAUUUCGCUCCUUCCAAAAGAGUCUCAAUUCCUUGAUCAAGAUGGCCUUGCGAAUGGCUCACAGAAGUCUGAUUGCUCAGAAGCAAUUCAAUCUAGUCGCACUGGAGCCAAAAAAAGAAAAUCUGGUUCUGUUAAAAGGUUCAAGCUAGAUAUUGCAUCAGACAGGACAAAUGGUUCACAGAAUGUGGUAGCCCUCAAGGGUUCUAGUGGGUUGGUUGCAGAUCAAGGAGUGCAAAAUGCUGAUACUGGCAUUAAUGAUUUGCAGUUGAAGAAUAAGACGGAAAAUUCUAAGACUAUCUGUGAUAUCACUGAGAUCAUCAGGCCUGUGAGCUUUACAUCUGCAAUGGUAAACAACGUAAAAGAUGUUUCAGUUACCUUCACUGCAAAGAGAGCUGAUGGAAAGGAAGUAGCAGUGGACAACAAAUUUCUCAAAGCCAAUCAUCCACUUCUGUUGAUAAACUAUUAUGAGCAACAUCUCAAGUAUACUCCUCAAUAAUGUCUGGUUGGUUGAGAAGUUCAUGUUGGACAGUUGUGCACUAUCUAUGUUCUUCAAUGUAUAGUGUUGUAGUUUUGUAGGUGAGGUGAAAUGUCACAGUUCUAUGAGUGAAGUAGAGUAAGUAGCUAUUAGGGCCUAGUCAAUAGGACAGUUUUGUCGGGGUGAUUGGCAAACGUGAUUUCCGCGUCUACCAGGAUCUCGUUGACGUUUCACAGGUUUGUAGCAUUUUCUAGCUGAUACGAAUUAUGCUUGUUUCAGUUGAAAUAUUUCAUAACUUUUAUAAACAUCCUUUAUGAAUAUAUGCUUAUGAACGUGCUAUGAACGUGCUAUGAACGUGGAACCUGGAUUCUUCUGAGUUAUUUGCAUCUGGAACAGAAGUUAUGCUUGAAUUAUUGCUCUUUCCCAGUAGGUAGUAAUGAUAAUUGUUGGCUCAUUGGUUUCUUGGAAGUAUUUGCUAGUUUUACUACACACUGCAACAGUAAUACAGCAACCAAGAGUCCAAUGCUCAAGCUUUGAGGCCGUGUUUGAGGCAAAUGACGGGGUUCCCAAUUUGAGCAUGUACAUCAUACAUGCACUACUAGGUCUUUAGCUAGUUAUUUUUUGAUUUUCCGGUUUUCUUGAUUGUUGUUUAUGCUUAUCAUUGCUGCAAGCACCCAAAUUGUGUUCAACCACUAGUUAUAUAGGUAGGUUAUCCUUUUUGUUUUAGCUCAUAUGUCAUUAUUGUCUAUUUCAUUACAACAUUUUCUGCUGCUUUUCUUUAUCUCAUUGCGUGUUAGUGAAAAAUAUAAACUUGUCUGGGCUUUUGGUGUAACCGUCAGUGCAAUGUUUGUGGAUGCUACCUUCAAAUAAUGAGUUGGUUGCUAAUUGCUAUACCAAAAUCUCAAGCUUUUGAUUUUUGAUCAUCCCUUCAUUGGUGCAUGCCUUUUUGUCUGUUGAAUUAUCGUAUUUUGGUUGUUCUAGUAUAUUAAGGAGAUUCUUUCCAGGAAAAUGUGGAGUAUUUGCUGCUUAUGCAAGUCGCAUGGUCCCAUUUCUUGGGUCAAAUCAAAACCAUGUUCCUGAAAAAAAAAAAAAUUCGGAAACGAAGUCCAUUGAUAGUCAAUAUCAUGAUAUUGAUAUACUUGCCAGUGGUAUCAAUUGGUGACGAAGAAUAAUAAUCUGUUGUUUAGUUCAUCUCAGAAUUAUCGAAAGUUCUGCAUUCGAGAAUUCUAGCUUCUGAAAGUUUUAAAGCCUAUAGGUAACAAACAAAGAUGGGAAUAACCAACUCAAGCUGUCAUCAUCAAUGAGGAAGGAAAGCUUAGAAUGACUUGAGAUAUAUAGCCCUUGGACAAGCAGCAAUGUUGUGACUAGCGGAAUUCUCCCAAGAACAGAUUGAUUUAGAUAAGCUCUGAAGAUGUUGAAAAUGGGAGGAAGAAGGGGACCAUCGCCGCUGGUUCCGGCACUCAUAGUUGGGAUGCUGAGUGUGAUGAUUUUCUGGGCUCAGGCGAAUUUGGUAGUGGAAAUGGUUGUGUUUUUAUUCCGGGCAAUUUCAGAUGCAGUUUAUGCUUCAAGUGCAGCUAAUUUUAUGAUGCAGCUCUUACCUUUGUUCUUCGUGUUUCUCAUACAUUUUCUUACUGCAUCCUCUUCUAAAGCCUUUUAUGGCAGAAAUUAAAAGUAUUUUGGUCUCUUCAAAACACCACUUCCUCUAUCCUAUAACAGAAAUCUAGACUGAAUGGUUUUGAUUUGGGGCUGAGAACUUCAUUCCAGGUUGAUGUUUGUCGUCAAUUUGCUCCAUUCAGCUUGUUCGGGCUGUUUUAAACUAAGAACAGUUUAUCCUUCGUACAGUAGAAUUCUGAGAAUAUUGUCC